AUGGAUUUAUUUACAGUGAAAAGCGGAGAUAAGACAUGGUGGUACUUCAUCGGGGCAGGAAGAGGAGGCACGGCACCUCGAGCAGCGUACAAGGACAAGGACUCGUCCUCUCGGGGAUUCACGUUCUGCCUGGUCCCUGCCUGGUUCUACGAACUCGGGGUGAGCAGCAUUCCUGUGGCGCUGGUGCCUUUGCAUGGAGGAACCAUCCGGCUAAACAACCCAAAGGCAGUGCAGGCUCAGCUUCAGGCGGCCACGCAUCACUACUUGCACAUCACCGAUGUACGACAGUUUGGCAGGGGCAGCGACGUGUUGGCGAGUGCUGUGAAACUGGACGAGCACAGCACCAACGCCCACAUCACUUGCAACAGUAUGCAGUUCGGUGACCGCCUCCGGAUCGAAAUGGCGGAGAAGUGGCCCAGUGGCAUCAACUACCGCGGACAGCGUGGUAGGCCCAUGUCAUCGGUGCUGGUGACCACGUGGCUGCUCUGCUGGUCCUUCCACGGGUCCGAGCAGUCUAGAAGACACCUGCGCCGGUUCGUCGCGGGUCGCUCCCUGACGCCAUUGGGAUGGGGCGAGUACUGCGACGGCACCAGGUGGGCUUACAAGACACCGCAGUGCGGAAACGCGACAAAGGCGGACACCGUUGAUACGAAAAACGAGGCGGGCUGGCCGGCCUUCGAGAGUGCGUGCGGCAGCCCAAGCCAGUCGCCAAUCAACAUCAACUUCUUGCAGACGAGCUUCAAGAGCUUCGGGCCCAUCUCCUUCCUCGGCUACAACGUGCCCUUCCGCUUCGCGAUCGAGAACGGAGGACACGCGCUGUACAUCACGCCACUGUACGCCCACCUCGAGUCCUACGGCGGACCGCUGCCCGCGCGCUACAACCUGUCCAAGGGCAUCUUUCAUUUCGGCAACGAGACCAGCCCGCGGGGCUCUGAGCACACCAUCGACGACCGAAACUUCGCCGCCGAGCUCCAACUCCUGGUGUCCUCAGAGAAGCCCACGCCCACUGAAUGCAUCCGGCGGGGACAGGGGCUGGCCAUUUUCGUCAUACUGUUUGAGAAGCAGGAGCAAAACAACCCGUUUCUGGACACGCUCGUCAACGCCUCGGAGCACAUGACGUUCCGCGGCAACAAGACAGAGGUGAUGAUGCCCCUGGCCUACCUGCUGCCCAACACGACGCAACACUACUACAUCUAUCUGGGCUCGCUCAGCUUCCCGCCGUGCACCAGCGACGCCUUCGUCGUGGUCUUCAGGAGUACCGUGGCCAUCGGGGAGCAGCAGGCGAGCGUCUAUUUCACUUUUUGUGGUGCUGCGUGUACUGGAGGAGGGCAUCCUGUCAAGACUGAGGAACAACCUGUACACCUACACAGGCGGCUGCAAGUACAGGAUCGCGGGAAACCUGCGCCAGCUGCAGCCUUUGGGGAACCGCGUCGUCUAUCGCUCGUUCAAAUUCACCCCUUUCGCGACCAGAUCGACGGCAUCAUCGGCGAGGCCACUGAUAAUUGUAGUGGCGGUGGCAUCCGCACCGUUCACCAUUGGCCUCGGCCUGGUAUAGGUCUCGAGUCGACGGAAAGGACGUGCGAAAAGUUCAAUUGA